CAUCACAUGGACACACAGAGAACACCAGCACUGACACAGUGUACUGAGAAAUAAAUCAGUCAUAAGAGAGCGAGCAGCCUUCAGACGGACACAAACCAGUGACACCAGGGUUAAUCCAGGGGCAAAGAUGUCUGACUGUGCAUCAGAAGAGUCAGAGUUACCUGCUAACCACACAGGGCCUAAAGGUGUAAUUAAUGACUGGCGGAGGUUUAAAUUGGACACCGUAGAUCAGACUGUCCCACAAAGCAAGCGACAGCUCCUCAGGCAAAUGUCCAGUCCACAAGAUGACGAUAAAGAGCGAGCCAACAGAAAGAUGAGUGUUCAGGAGUAUGAGAUGAUCCAAACGGAGGAUGAACAGUGCCUGAAACGCUACAGAAAACAAUGUAUGCAGGAAAUGCAUGAGCGCCUGAGUUUUGGACCCAGGUUUGAAUCAGUCCAUGAACUUGAGAGUGGAGAGGCUUUUCUGGAAGUUAUUGAAAAGGAACAUCGGCUGACCGUUGUAGUGGUCCACAUCUACCAGCACGGUGUGAAAGACUGUGAACAGCUGAACUCGUGUCUGGACUGUCUGGCUUCAGAGUAUUCCAGCGUUAAAUUCUGCCGCAUUGACGCUGUGGCCACAGGUGCUUCUGAGCGCUUCUCCUCUGAGGUUCUUCCUGCUCUGCUGGUGUACAAAGCCGGAGAAUUACUUGGUAACUUCCUCUCUGUUACCAAACAUUUCAACGAAGAGUUCUUUGCUACAGAUGUGGAGUCAUUUCUUAAUGAGUAUGGACUGUUACCUGAGAAGGAGUUCACAGUGUGUGUUGACGAUGAAGAUGAGGGAGGACAGGUGGAGUAAGAGGAGGACAAGGAUUGAGGAAAGAAGAGGGAAAAGGACCAGUGGAACAAACACAGGAAGGGGAUAGCAGAUAAAGGUCCAGAGAGGAGGGCAGGAGAAGAGCAGGAAUGGAGACACUAGAAAAUUGAUAGACUAAAUGAAUAUCCAGACUGAAUAUUGGUGAUUUAGUUGUACUCACAAUUCCCCAGUUAUGAAUAGAAAUUUAAAUUGUUUCACCCCCUGAAGUCGUAAUUAAAAACUUGUCAACUUGUUUAAACGACACGAGUUCACAUCCAAGAUGGCUGCUCAGAGCAUUAACAGUAGUAAAAUUGGACGUUUUUACU